UAAAUUAAACUGGCAACAAAUUUAAGUAAUUGUUGUUUUGGCAGAUGGAACCUUUAAAAAGUGCAAGAAAAGUUGACUUACAGGACUCCGGCAGUGACCUGUCAGAGCAGAUUAAAGCUGCUACUCAGGAAACACAUGUGAGAGCGGAGAACACAGACCUUAUGACCAGUUUCCAGAAAGGACAAAUCACUCGGACACAAUACAAGGUUCUACUGUGUUCUCUGUAUGAGAUCUACACAGCACUGGAGGAGGCUUUGGACAGAAACUCUUCUCAUCCGGCCGUGGCUCCGAUCUACUUUCCUCAGGAGCUGGACCGUACUGAGGCUUUGGAAAGGGACCUGGAGUUCUUCUUGGGCUCACAGUGGAGGAGUAAGGUCAUUGUCCCAGCCGCUACACACCGAUACGCCCAGAGGCUACGAGAGAUUGGUAAGGUGAAGCCAGAGCUUUUGGUGGCCCACGCCUACACUCGAUACCUGGGAGACCUUUCAGGUGGUCAGGUCCUGGGGAAACUCGCACAAAAGGCCAUGGAGCUGGAGGGCAAAGAUGGCCUCGCUUUCUUUUCCUUCCCUGGAGUGAGCAGUGCUAACCGCUUCAAACAGCUGUACCGGAGCAGAAUGAACAGUAUCGAGCUGUCGGAGGAGCAGAGAAGAGAGGUCCUACAGGAGGCUGUGGAUGCCUUUAAUUUUAACAUCCAGGUUUUCGAUGACUUACAGAAAAUGCUGAGUGUGACAUCUGAAUCUGCAGAGAAGCCCAAAGGAACAUCUCGGAGCACUCCUUUCCCCCCUCCUUCCUCUGUGCAGCUCACUGUGGGGCUGUGUGUGGGGCUACUCACUGUAGGCAUUGGACUGUACAACUUUUAAAUUAACAACCAGCAU